GUCAGGGGCUUGUCCAGGAGCUGAUUGGAGCCAGUGAUCCACAUAAAAUAACCUCAGCCCGCACUGACCACUUCCAUCCUUCACAUGUCUAGCAGACUGGAAGCAGCAAAAAGAAAGUUAACUUAAUUGAUCAUCAUCAUCCUCACCAUUAAGUCAGCAUGACCGGGAGAGACGAGAUUUCAGAGGGGAAAUCAAAAGUGAAGAUCCUGGCUCCCAGUGCAGGAAAUGACAAGGGAGGGCGCUUUCAUGGACCUGCCAUGAGAUCCAAAGGUUUUGCCAUCACUGACCUGCUUGGUCUUGAAGCGGAGUUACAGCCCCCCUCAGUGUCUGUGUCCAGCUGUGAAGGACCUGGAGGUGGUCUUGGUGGGGUCUCUUUGGCUAAUGGCUCUCUUCCACUUGGGUUGGGGUUUCUGUGUGGCUUUGCAUCUCAACAGCCCACUGGAACUACCUGUCUCCUCCCAACUCACAUCCCCUUUCUGCAACCAAGAUCAGAGCACCAGUACCUCCACCCUUCAGAGAAGCACAAGGAGAACAUCUCUGGUAACUUAAGAUCCAUUGCAAUCCUAUACCAUCGUGAAUUCUCCCUGUCUAACUCUAUCCAUAGGGGAAAAGUAGCAAUCUCUGCCCCCAUCUAACUGUACUUGGGAUGUGUAUAAGUUUGGAAUCUUGCAUCAGUAACCAUGGGAUACUUUGUGAGUUUAUUUUAGAAUUGUGUCAGUAGCCCAUCAAACAGAGAAGAUAAUUCCAUUAGUGUUGUAGGACUUUGAAGAGAUAUUUCACACUCAGAUAUCCACUCUUCUGGUAUGAGAUGUUAAAAUGACCACUUUCUUUUUCCUUUAGUUUAGAAUGUGUCAUACUUCUCGGUCCAAAUUAAUCAAUUAUCAUUAUCAUCAAUUAAUCAUCAUUAAGGAUCGUGGUCAAUUUAAAUCCAUCUCAUUCUUGGAGACAGCAGCAGGGGAAAGUAAAGACUCAGGAGAAAGGAACCUUUGGGAUCAGUGAGCUGUCCAGAAUGCAAGGGGUCUGCAGUGGUGCUGAAGGGGAGAGUGAUAUAAUAGAAACGUGACAUAAAAUAGUAUUGGCAUUUUCAGAACAUACAUGUUAAGUUCAAUUUAGUGAAAUAUCUUGAUUUUAUGUAUGGACAUAUCCCAGUAGAUUGGGGAUUUUAGCCAACGUUCUAAAAAAUUGCCAUCUGCAAUAAUAUUACAAAUGGUUUCCAUGUCAAUUCUUUCACUUUAAAAACUUUACUCUAGAAUUAAUCUUUACGUAUAAUUCCCAACAUGAUUCAUUCAAUAUUUUCAUUAUCUUUUACUCCCUAUCCCUGAAUUGCAUUAUAUUUUGCUCCCUAGCAGCUGAAUUUUUUUUUAAAUGAAAAUGUCUAGAACCAACAGGUAAAUAAUUAAUAUUUGUCUUAUUUUUAGAUGAUGAGAGCUUAAUAGGGGAUAAGAAUGAUCUGAAAUCCAACUCGCAGGCUAAACGAAAGAAAAGAAGACACAGGUAAAAUACGAAUUUAGCAUGAUUUUGGCCUGUUUAACAUGUUCAUUUUACUACAUUUUAAAGAGCAGCUUUAAUUUAAAUUUGACUCUACAGAAUAUAUAUUUUUAUUAUAUAUUCUGUAUAUUAUAUAUUAUAAUAUAUAUUAUAUUUUUGAAAAAAAUUAAUGUUUGCCAUUGUUUAUUAUACAAUACUGUAUUAAUCCAGCUGAAAUUGCGUACUGUAAACUCCAGGCAAAAGCAUUUUUCCUUUAAAAUUCCUGAGUACAAAAUUAAUUAAUUAAUUAAUUAAGGGAUUCUGUGCUCUGAUCUGGCAUUUAUUAGGAUACAUAUAUGGCUGCUAUAUCAUCAAAUGCACAAAAAAUGAAAUCAGUUUUGCUUACAAUGGCUUUAUCCAAAGGUGCUUGAAAUUUGUAGCACAAUCAGGUGUGAGUGAGGUUAAAAUAUAACUUUUAUCAGAAACUAUUUUUACAACAUGAUAAAUGGAUCAAUAAGGCAUUAACUGUAAGUUUGUGUAUGGCUCCAUAGAUAUGAAUAUAUAUAAAUAUCUAUCUGUACAUGGAUUCUUUUUUAUAUUUAGGCAUGUGUAUGAAUAAAUAAAUGUAUUUGGGCUUACAGGACUGUAUUUACUGCUCAUCAACUGGAAGAAUUAGAGAAAGCGUUUAAUGAAGCACAUUAUCCUGAUGUAUAUGCCAGAGAAAUGCUUGCAUUGAAGACGGAGCUUCCUGAGGACAGAAUACAGGUGAAAUGAAUGAUCUCAUAUAUAUAUAUUUAUAUAUUAUUCAAAUUUACAUUUUAUUACAAGUUAUUCUAUUGAACUAAUAGGGAGUACGAUUUAACGAAAAUAGUAGUAGAUACACAGAAUAACCGUUCAGCAGAGAUGAUAGCAGAAAGUAAAGGAAUUCAAUACAAAGGGUGGUUUUCAUUAGGAAGACAAUAAACACUGAGGAUCUACAUUUUAGAUAGCGUGUGUACACAAUAGUGUAGCAGAUUGUAUGCUAUCUGAAAACAAAUUCUCAACUGCUUUGAAUGAAAGAUGUCAUUAUUUAUAUAUUCUGCAGGAAAUGUCUCACAUACAAGUAUUUAUAGGAUUGCCUUGUUUGGUACCUUUGAACCAAUGCUGGAUUUAAAAAAAAGGCACAAAACUAGUUUUUUUUUUUUUUAAUAAUGCACCUUGUCCUUUGGCAGUACGAGCUAGUCUCUAAGAGUAAUUGAGUAACUAUACCAACUGUCAGCAUCACCAAUAUAUUAUAUUGUGUUACAACAGUGUAUUUUGACCAUUAUAUCAUUUCUUAAUAACUGUUAACUGUAAAAUCUCAGUUUUGUAUCUUUAAUAUUUAUUCUGGGGGUUUAUUUACUAAACAGUGGAUUGCGAUAAGUAAAAUAAAUGUCAAGCUGUUUCACUGAGUGAGAUUUUGCAGCUCUGUAGUCAUUUUGCCACAAUUUACUAUUUAAUCACUAAAAAAUGGGUUUCAUAGAGUAAGCAGUAACUCAAGAACACAUUUGUAAGAUUAAAUCCAAAAUAGCAUUGGGAGAAUCGUUGAAAUUCAACUGAGCUGGACAUUUACCCAAUUCAGCUAGUUUAACCUAUAUUUUUAACUCAAAGUAAAAUAUUGGCCUCUGGAUUAUUGUUACCCUACAGAAGCUUUCACAUUAAUCAAGAGAAGUUUAUUUUGCAAUAAAUGGUAUUUUCUAAGAAACCAAUAACUGUGUGUAUUUUAUUAUAAUUAAACUUCAUGCACUGAAAGAAAAAAAUAGAAGGUCACUUCUUAUUUUCAUUAAAAAAAAAGAAAAAUUAAAAUAAAUAUAUACAUUUAUCAGUUAAUUUAAAAAAAAAAAUUAGAUCAAAGUUGAUACAAUUCUGUUCAAUUCAUUGUUUUUUUUCUAGAAGAAUUGCAGUUUAGGGAUGCAUACACAUUUAUGGGCAAACUAUACAAGUUUGAUGUAAAAACCUCCAAAAAUAUACUUUCUUUACUGCCCAGUAAUAACAAUACAUUGUCUAGUCAUGUAAGUCAAAUUAAUUGAAUGCUGAAACUUUUAUUAAUUAAUUUGGGAAUUUUGGGAAAUUUAAAUUAAAUUCAACAUUUUAGGCUAAAAUAGUUGAGCUAAAACUAUAGCUAACAUGGAGAUUUUUUUUUUUCCAGUGUUGGCCUUAAAUUUGAAAUGAGCUUUGAAUUCACUACAAUUUCAACUUUAGUGAAUAACCUGUACUUUAUAAGGCAUAGAGUUAAUCCAGGUUUUUUCAGAGUGAAUGUCAAAUUUAAGUUCAAAGAAGCUUAGUCGAAAGCAUAGCUGACAUAGAAAAUGUUUCCAGUCUGUCAAUUUUAACCUUAAAUUUGAAAUACACUUUGAAUUUUCACUUUACUGAAUAACCCUUAAAAAAAGGAAUUCCAAACUUUAGACAAGAUGGAGAACUUUUCCAACAUGGCUAUAAUGACCUAAAAUAUGUACUUUGCCACAAUUCCUGAUUUGGUGACUAAAUCCCUCCCUCCGUCCCCUGUACGCAUGACUCAUGAUACAAAUAUAGUCUGCACUUUACUGUGAUGUACAAAUGCAUAUUAUAUUUUUAUUUAUAUUAAAUUAUUGCAUUUGAAAAAUAAAAUUGGCUGUUUACUGUAUAAAGUAUGGAUUUUUACCAGUUCAAUGAGUAGAACGUCUGUUAUAUAGGUGGACUUACUCUGAUAUAUAAAUAUUUGUUUUUAUGAACAAUUAUAAACAAUUUUAGAAUAAUAAGUAAUACGUAAUAUGUGACGAUUAUAAGCAAGCUGAUCGGUAGUCACAGAUUUCAUGAACUAUAACAAAAUAUAUACAUAGACACAAGCUUACAGACUUUAAGCAGGUUGAGGUGUUGAGGUAUGAAAUGAAAAACAUAAUCAGGAUUUACUAGAUAGGCGAAUAAGUUAAUAGUUUGCAGAAGAAAAGUAAUUUGACCAAAUGGGAAAUAAUUUGGUGCUUAUCGGAAAAAUGUUCAACAAACAGGAGGACUAGUUUAGGGCUUUAUAUACAGGAAGAUGUGUGAUUGUAGGGGGAGAAGGGUUCUACCAGUGUAUGUGUGAUUUAAAUUCCAAUUCCAACUAAGGGAGGGUAAGAUAGGAGGGUGACAUUAAAGGGACACAUCGGACAGGCAUUUCAGAUUGGACGUGAAAAUCACGUGACAUCACGUAACCCUGCGUGCAAUAUGCUGACAUUACAGCGAGAACCCAGUUGCAUUAAUACAUUUGCUCUAUCUGUCCUACAUUCCAUGGAGCGAGGGGGGUGCAAUCUCCUGCCUCUAGUGCCUUACUUAUAACAGACCCCUUUACCAGUCAGAUUUUUGCAAAAAACAAACAAAAAAACCCCAGCUACUAACAUUGUUUAGUGUUGUGCAACAGAUGCCCAAUGACUAGUAUUUCCAGGGUACCUUCACAGUACAAGUCUCUGGGUAGUUUCCCCUCUGUGUAAAAUAAAAUAUUGACUUGCACAGUAUAUUGUGGCUUGGGGCAGGAUAGUUUAUUAUAACUUGUUUGACCAAAAAAUGAAAAAUAACAGUCAUGCCAAGGAAUUUCAAGUAAUAUUUCUGAAACACAAUGAGCUCUAAAAUAACAGGCAAGAUACUGUAAUUUUUAACUAUAUAUGUGUGUCAAGUGUAUUGUUUUUUUUUUUUUAUCACUGUUGAUUGUGUUCCUAAUAUUAUUUUAUAUUGUCUCUGAUAUAACACAGGUCUGGUUCCAGAACAGAAGAGCUAAGUGGAGGAAGCGUGAGAAGUGCUGGGGACGAAGCAGUGUUAUGGCGGAGUAUGGGCUUUAUGGUGCCAUGGUGAGACAUUCCAUCCCUCUACCAGAGUCCAUCAUUAAUUCAGCAAAGAAUGGAUUGGUGGGUUCCUGUGCUCCCUGGCUGCUGGGUAAGGGUCACUUCCAAUUGCUGCUGUUUCCCAUUUACCAAACGUUGGUUAUAGAACAGGGGUAGGCAACAUUCAGCACCAGAUUUUGUAGACUACAUCUCCUAUGAUACUUUGUCAGCAUGACGACUAUAAGAGAAUUAUGGGAGAUGUAGUCCACAACAUCUGGAGUUCCAAAGGUUGUUAAAAACAUUCAGAAAACGGGUUUAAGAAAAAAAAAAAAAAGGCAAAUAUGUAUGUCACAGGCAAAGAGCAGCAAUUACAACAGGAAGGUAUAUGCCAUCACAAGGCCAUAUGUUCUGCUCAUGAAAAUAUGAAACAUUAUUAAAUAAUAAUAAUAAUAGCAGUAUAAAUGAAAAUAUAACACAUAUUAGUUUGUAGAGCUAUAUUUCACACAGCGUUACCUUUUCAAACAGUAAUACAAUGUUAUUUUUUUUUAUAUAACAUUAAAUGGGCCAUUGCAACCUUUCAUUUUUUCAUUUGUGUGUUCGUUCACAUGCCUGCAAAAUAAAGAUAAGUUUCCAAAAUACUUGGGAUUCUCAUUUAAUAAAGUGUCAUUAUAGCAGCACAGUUUCUUAUAUUCCUCAGUAAAUAGGAAUAGGUGAAAAUUGGCAUUACUUUCUUGCAGUAAUAUUUGCAUUUGUACCUAUUACCCCCUUCAUUAAGAGCGUGGACUAAUGAGGGUUAAUAAAACUUUUCUUCCAGCUGUGUCGGUGUCUUGUCUAACUGGUCUACUUGAUGAAAACAUUAUGCUUUACAUACUUUGCAAGACGUGAUAUAGCACACCAACAAUCUAUAUACUGCAUUAUUUUGUCUGUCUCUGUACAGAUACUCAGAUGCUUAUUUUUACGUAGCUGUUAUGUCUAUGCAAUAAAUAUUAAAUAGUAUAAGCACAAUUUGUUUUUUAAAAAUGUCAGGAAAUAAUUUUGUUGAUUAAAUACAACUUGUAUAUACCACGCUUUAAUGUUGCUAAGGCUAAUUUGAAGUUUUUUUUGGCUCACAGGGAUGCAUAAAAAAUCCGUUGACAUAACCCGAAAAGACGAAAUAGAUGAAGCGGAAGCAGAGAGUUUCAGAGCGCGUCAUCAGAAUGAAGCUUUGUUAAGCAAGGAGGCAGAAUCACAAAGACGCUCUCUGCAAAAGAGCAGUGCAAUGGACACUUCAGAAGACAGAGCCAUUGACCUCUCCAGCACCGCAAAGCAAGAAAACCACGGCAGCAUGAGAAAUGUCUCCAUUCGAGACAGUCAUAGUGACCUUACGGACAGUGAACACUAAACUGGUACAUAAAACAGACAGCACACACACAACAAGAAAAGAGACAAUGGAAAGACUGUCACAAUCAAGUCGCACUGAUGUUAACCUUUUGAGUGCAAGAGACGUAUGCAACACACGCACGCAAGAAAUAUGUUUCCUACCUCUCUUCCACUCAACAGUUUAACCAGCAUUUAUGUACAUUUAUUAUUGUAAAAAUAUCCAAUAUUUUCAAACUUUUUUUUGUAAGAUCAUUUUUUUAACAAGCAAUUUGUAUUAAGGUGUUUGCAAAGUCAGAAUGUGAGCUUAAUGUUUAAUAUAAAUCAAUAGAUUUUUUUUUUUAAACAUCAAUUGCUAUUGCAGGACAUGCAGGUAUUGUAAAUAAUUAUUAAUAAUUGUAAAUAAGCAUAGCAAAUAAAACAAAUGGAAACUGGGGUACUGUAAAACAAAUAGUUGAAAAAGGUGAGAUAUGCAAUCGUAGGGCAAAAAUAGGAGCCAUAUAUGAACAAACAGUUAUUUCCUAAAGUGAGAAUUGUUAAGGAUUCAACAUGAAUUUAACAUUGUAGACUAAAAUAGCUGAAAUGGAUGUCUAGAUGAGUUGGAGAAUUUUUCCAGUUUAGUUAAUUUGGUCUUAAAUUUGAAAUUCACUUUGAAUGCUGGACAAUACUCACUUUGAAAAUAUAGGAUAGUUAUUUCUCAGGAAUAUUUUUCCCAUUCAGCUACAUUUUUCUGCUCGAAUAUUAUAUUUAUAGCACAUCUUCCUUUAGAAGGAAUUGUCAAGGAUUCAUAGAAAAUUCCAGACAAAUCUCAAAUGUCUCAUACCACAAAAGGUGACUUAGAAAAAACUCGAAAACGAUUUUUCAGUGAGGACAUCCAGUAGCCAAUAAACCUAAUGAGAGUUGUGUGAUUCUAUAGCGCCACCUGCUGAGUGAAUAAGUUCUUGCAGAACCCUUAUCUGUCCCAUUUGUUAAUUUUACAGUUCCUUUUACACCAACACGCACAUUUUUCUAAUUUAGAAAUACGUGAGGCUUUAUUUUGGCAUGAAAUAGUUAUGGUAUCUGUAAUUGUCCAAGUACAGAUUUCAUUAAAAUUUUCUGAUCAUAUCUCAACUUCAUGAUAAUUUGAUAUUAAUAUGUUAAUAUGUCCAUCUUGGUGAGUUUGGCCUAUAUUUUGUAAUUCUUUUUUUAAUUCAAAACUAUUUACUGUUUAGGGAUUAAACCCAAAUAAAUUAGAUGUAACCUGGUGGUGCUAUGUGGGUAGAAAGCUAAAAUACUUAAUUGCUAAAUAUUUAAUAUCACUAUUAAUUAUAUUAGUUGGGGCUGUUCAAUACUUCACUAAACUGAUGUCAAUAAAAUGUCUUAUUUUUCUGAUACCUGGAAUAAUAGACUUGCGUCCUAAAACUGUGCUGGAACUAAACGUUUGUCUUUUAUUAUUCUUAUGAUGAUAUUUUCUUAUGUGAAUGUGUGGUCUGUUAAAUAUUUGAUAAUGAGAUACUUUUCAAAGUCAGUAUUUUCAUGAAAGAGAAUUCAAAGCACACUAUAGUUUUAAUAUAUUAAAAGAGCACAGUCUUAUAAGCAUUAAAAAUAUAUUUUUACAAUAUCAAUAUAUUUUGAUCCAAGCCAUUUUUUACAUAUCCCAUGUUUGGACGUCCACACUGUUAUAUAUCAGGUAUGAUUAGCACAAAAUUUAAUAGGCUAAACGGAAUAACAGAAUAUUGGUAAAAUUCUAUAUUGUGUGAAAUAAAACCUGUAAAUUGUUUUGUAAAUAUUUUGAUUGUCUGUAUAGCAGUGUUCCAAUUUUAGGCUUUGUUUCUGAGCCUUUUCAUUUCUAUGUAUUGAAGCACUUUGAUAGUCAGGAGUUUUCUGAAUUUCUGUUUACUAUAUUUUAUCAUAUAUUUAUUAUGUAUCAACCAAUAAAUGUUUUCUGUAUGCUUCAGUGUAAAACUAUGCUCCAUUUCAGUGGAAUGUCUGAGUGUAAACUGGGAGGGAGCCUGCAUAUGUCCACUAGAAAGACAAUUAUUCUUGUUCUGCCUUGAGCAAGGUUCCUGCUAAGCAUUUUAUGCUAGUGGGCCAGCAAAGCAAC